AUGGUCGAUCGACGGCCACUCAUGCAGGAGUCCUCGGAUCUUUCUGAGAGCUCAGACAACACACCCGCACUGCCCUCGCUCGGAUUCUCCAAUAACUCCCACACUCUGGGGCUUACUACCCCACCGCCUGCACGACCGAACUACGCACGGCACCAGAGCGAUACCGCUGCUGUCGGCCGCAACACACCAAGCAUCGUACCAGAAGAGGAUGAGGAAGAGGAUAUUUCAGAAAACUUUCAAAGAGGCAAGGAUACUGGGCUAGGGAUAGCACAGUCUGGUGCGACUACGCAGACCGCCAGACGUGUCAGUAUACAACCCAUCCCCCGACGAGCUGUUGGUCCUGGACCCAAAAGCCCACCCACAAAGACCUCUGGCACUUUCUCGCCUCCAGGUUCGGCUGACCCAUACUUUGGAGGCUUCCCCAAGAGCUCAAAUGAGUCCACACCAGAUCUACGACGAGACAGGUUCAGCCCCGACGUUGGCAGGGCAAGUCCGGACGUUGGCACAUACGAAGACUUUCGGCAUGGCAUACUGAAGAACGCAAAGCAAAGCAACACCAGUGUGAACGAUUACGAAACGUACAUACAUGCCUCAGAUACUGAGGGACUCAGGGGAGGCGGGGCAGCUCCAUCCAUCAAGUCGGCAUAUGAGAACGACUUUCGCCCAAUACAUGAGUGUGCGACUACGCGAGACUUUUAUCAUCCGCGCUUUACCUGGCUUAACUUGUCCCUGAUUGUCAUUUCGUUGUUCUCGUGCUUGUUUUCUGGAAUCUUUCUAGCCUUGGCUAUCCGCGCGCCUCACUAUGGUCGGCGCAUCACUAGCCACGGCCCCAUUACUCCAUCUGACGCUAUUCUACUUACGACUGUCAUGGCCAAACUUAUCGAGCUGUCCUUCGUCACGGCUUUUGUGGCCUUCCUUGGACAGGUGCUUAGUCGAAGAGCGUUCAUGAAAGACCACGGUCGCGGUGUAACGCUGUCAGAACUCAGCAUGUGGAGAUGGGUCGUUCAACCUGGAACUCUAAUCACGCAUUGGGAAACUGCCAAGUAUGCUGGACUGUCUUUCCUGGGUAUCUUGAGUUUACUGAGCGCUAUUCUAGCGACUCUCUAUUCAUCUGCGGCUGCAGCUACUGUUCAGCCCAUGCUAAGAGAUGGUAACUGGGACAACGGCCUGGUCUUGGCUGGUCGUGUUAAGAGCGAUUUCGCAAACAUCAACUACCUUAAGCAAAUGUGCCAGACCCCCAUUCGAACUGACAAGGUAGCUCAAGGAGAGACUUGUCUACAAAUGGAACAUGCUGGUCAGGGAUACCACAACUUUCAGCGCUACCUUUCAGAUUGGGAUCUAUCAGCCAGAAAUGGCAACGGUACUGCGAUUCAGAAGCUACGACCCCAGGGCUUUGGGCUUCUAUACGAGAAUACUACGGUCAGUGGGCAGUGGAUCGACAUCAUCAAUACUACCGAAGUAUCCAAGAAGUACGGUCGAGCUGUCAACAACGUAACAAUGGCAAUGCCCCACUCGGGUGUGUUUGCUGCUGCCCGCGACCAGAGAAACGGGAUUUUGCAACCCGAAGAGUUGAAUUCUGAAGGGACUUACUCGUUGCGUGCUUCGGUACCGUCACCAGUUUUGAAUGUGUUAUGCGUCAACAUGAAUAAAACGGAGUUAGAGCCUAUCGUAUACGACACCUGGAACAAUGAAACGGUCGAUCUCCUUUCGUGGGGGAGUCUUCCCGGAAUUCGAGACAACGCGACCACAACCAAUAGGACUGUGGUCGACGAGAUUUUCGGCUGGGACGUUAAUGACACAACCACCCUCAACUGGCCGCCUGUCUUUGCGAAAUACCCGAUAUCUUUCAACACGAUCAUGAAUCAUUCAAGCAACGCCUGGGGACGACCUGCAAUAUAUAUGCUUGGGCAAGGUGGCCCAGAUGACGUCGGCAUGGACGGAACAGGUAUCUUUUCAUUGUGCAAGAUACACCUGAUGGUGCGACCAGGAUGCAGUACACGACACAAUGUCACAGGAUCCGGUGCUACCAUGGAAGCACUUUGCGAACAAGCUGGUGACGACAAAAUGGCUUUCGUCGAGACGGGAGAGACAGUCAGCGUCAAUACCCAAGGCGUGGCUAAUUGGCGCGACAUAGGAACUGACUGGGCCAACAGCCUUUCGCUCGGCACAGGCCUCAUGGAUGCGAAUGCGAGCACUUCCAGACUAUUAACACAGUUGAUACUGAAGCCUAGCGACCCAGCUCCAGAAAGUUUCAAAGUGGAUCUAAGCGACGCCAUACCUAGUAUAGGAGAGGCGAUAGCUGUCUUGGCUGGAUGCACACUGCUUCUCAGUAUGAUAGAUACGCCCUUUGUGACGUUCUGGAACUACACACACCCUAUGCUCGACGAUUAUCAAACUCAAUUCUUCAAAGCAUCUCUUAAAGCCCAGCAAUACGCAUCUGGCGGCAUGCCAGGUGCUUCUAGAGCGUGGGUCCUCAUACUUGCGCUUGUCUUCGCCAUGAACAUCUUUGUCCUGAUCUACUUCAUUCUCCACCGCGGACUAGUGACGGACUUUUGCGAACCACCAAACCUCUUCGCCCUUGCCGUCAACUCUCCUCCAUCACACGUUCUCGCUGGAUCUUGUGGCGGUGGGCCAGAAGGCAAACAAUACAUGGUGAAUUGCGGGCCCGACAGCGUUCAUGUCGCUGCACAUCAAGCUUGCCCUAGCCCAAAUUUCUGCGACUCGACACACAACCGCCCAACGCCAUUGAGCACUACAAUAUCGGGCUCUCUAGACCUCCAUCUACCUAAUCCACUCUCGACCACACCGACCAUGGCGCCCGUGAAUGCACCUGCCCCGCAGGGCCCGGGGCCUUUCCCAGUCCAGAUUCCUGUCGACACCAACAACUCGCUAUGGGACCGAUUGUCGAAUUGGGCUUCGGAGAACAAGGGCGUCGUCUACACGAUUGCAGGUAUAACGCUCGUCGUUGGUGCUGGUGGUGCCGUCUACUAUUUCUCGAAUGAUUCAAGAGACAGCGCAGCAGACACAGCAGCGAACAAGCGCAAGAGGCAACGCGAGCGCAAGCGCGCGAAGGAGAGGGCCGAGAAGGACUCGGCGCCCAACAAGCCAUCUGCAGACUCUGACAAGAAGGCAUCCGUAGCAGAAACAAGCCAAGACCAGCUUCCAGACGUUGACGAGAACAGCGUAGGCUCUCUGUCAGACGAGGACCGUAAAGACUAUGCCGCCAAACUCAAGGCUGCAGGCAACAAGGCCUACGGCUCCAAGGACUAUAACCGCGCCAUCGACCUCUACGGCAAGGCCAUCCUCUGCAAGCAAGAUCCCGUCUUCUACUCGAACCGCGCCGCCUGCUACAAUGCCAUGUCUGAGUGGGACAAGGUCAUCGAGGACACCACCGCCGCCAUCAACCUCGACAACGAAUACGUAAAGGCGCUUAACCGACGAGCAAACGCAUACGAGCAGGUCGAGCGCAACAGCGAAGCCCUUCUUGACUACACUGCGAGCUGCAUCAUCGAUGGCUUCCGCAAUGAGAGCAGCGCACAGAGCGUCGAGCGUCUGCUGAAGAAGGUGGCCGAUGCCAAGGGCAAGGCCAUCCUUGCCUCCAAGGAGAAGAAGCUGCCGAGCCCGACUUUCGUCACAAACUACCUUCAGAGCUUCCGACCCAAGCCAACACCAGAAGGCCUCGAAGACGACGCUGAGCUUGAUGAGGAGAGUGGAAAGGGCCAGCUGCGCAAGGGUCUCAAGGCCAUGGCAACAAAGACCGGCGAUGGAUACACGGAAGCUGCAGCAGCCUUCGACCGCGCAGUCGAGCUUGGACAUCUCGGAGAGCACGAGGCAUUCGCGUAUAACAUGCGUGGAACCUUCAGCUACCUCAAGGGCGACAACGAGGACGCGCUCAAGGACAUGGACAAGAGCAUCGAGCUUCAGCCCACACUAACACAGAGCUUCAUCAAGCGCGCCAGCAUGCACUUGGAGCUUGCUAACCCAGAAGCCGCCGAAGCCGACUUCGCCGCCGCCCUCGAACAGAACUCCAGCGAUCCCGACAUCUUCUACCACCGUGCCCAACUACACUUCAUCAAGUCCGAGUUUGGCGAGGCUGCAAAGGACUACCAGAAGUCGAUCGAUCUCGACAAGGACUUCAUCUUCUCCCACAUCCAACUUGGUGUCACACAAUACAAGAUGGGCAGCAUCGCCUCGUCCAUGGCCACUUUCCGCCGCUGCAUGAAGAACUUCUCACAGGUACCCGACGUUUACAACUACUACGGAGAACUGCUUCUCGAUCAGCAAAAAUAUCAGGAGGCUAUCGAGAAGUUUGACACUGCUGUCGAGAUGGAGAAGACGAGCAAGCCCCUCGGAAUGAACGUCCUGCCCCUCAUCAACAAGGCCCUUGCGCUAUUCCAAUGGAAGAACGACUUUGACGAUGCCGAGAAGCUGUGCGAGAAGGCGCUCAUCAUCGAUCCAGAGUGCGACAUUGCUGUUGCCACCAUGGCACAGUUGCUGUUGCAACAAGGAAAGGUCACAGAGGCGCUCAAGUACUUUGAGCGUGCUGCCGAGCUGUCGAGGACAGAAGGCGAGAUUGUCAACGCACUUAGCUAUGCUGAGGCAACCAGGACACAACUUGAGGUACAAGAAAAAUACCCCAAGCUCGCCUCAAGACUAGGUGCUAUGGGCGCCGCUGCUGGCGGUUUUGGCGCAGGUGGCAUGCGAUAG